AUGCAGUGGUCUGCACUUGGAGCCGGCAGUGCCGGUGGCAGUGCCGCAGCGCGGACCGCCCUGCUGCUCGCGGCUAGCCUCGCGUGCGCGGCGCGGUUCGCGGGGACGGCCUCCACCGCCAGGGCCAGCGACGCCAACGCCACCGCACCACCCAGUCCCUGCAACACGACUGGUCUAUCCUCCCAGAGUAACAAUGUGGUGUCCAGGGGGAUCGGCUACCAGGUGUGGUUCAUGCUCCAGAUGACCUUCGGCUCCAUGGCGGUCAGCGCGACACUCAUUUUCAUGUACUGGCUGUACGGACAGGGCUAUCCCCAGCCCACGCCCAAGCCCAGGCCCAGGCCCAGGCCCCACACCCGGCCGCCUUGCAAUUGUUCCUGUUGAGUGCACAGAGAGCACUGCAGCCGAAGUAAAGCAGGAGCACGCACGCCUGUCCCACACUGUGUUUUCUCAAGGACGAAACAAGAAAUGUCAAAAAAAUA